AUGGCUUCCAGCUUUCCAAUAUCCGGCGACGAAGACGUCGAGAUCCUUCUGACCUCCGAUGACCAAGACGACACAUUCCAGCUGCAUAGCUACGUCCUCGCCCUCCACUCCAGAUGGUUCAAAGCAAGCAUCAGUGAGCGCUGGAACGGCACCAAGUCGACGACUGAUGGCGGCAAGGACCGCUGGGUCUACGUGCUGCGUUUCGACAAGGACGACGCCUUCGGUCUGCUCGCUCGUCAAGAGAAGGCAACUGAGUCGGAGAACACUACCACAGAGAUGAUUACACGCAAACUUCCAGCAGAUGCGUCUGCGGCAGUCAAGAAGCUUCACAAGCAGCGGCUGCCUCGUGUCAAUGCCCACAAGCGCGUGUUCGAAGCGAUGUACCACAUCACGCCAACUUUCGAGACUUCGUUCCAAGAAGCCAGAACCUCAAUGCUACAGGUCACGGAGGUGGCAGAGGCAUACGAGUGCCAACAAGUCGCCAAGAUCCACGUCGUCAACCACUUGAACUUCUCCCGCAAUGACGUCCUGGACAGCUGCGCAUCUGACCCUCUCCAAAUGCUGGAACUCGCCUCGGCCGUCAAAGCAGAGUGGCUGUUCACCGAAGCCUCCAUUGCCAUCCUUGGCCUGUGGAGAGGGGCCUUCGCCAAGUGCGAGCCCGGACUGCGUGCGAUGGGAUGUUGGGAUCUGUUUCAGGAGAAGCGAGCCCAUUUCCGCGAGAAACUCAUGGCCUGCGAAAGGCGAUUGUUCGAGAUGCAACCUGCCUACUGUUACAAGGCAACGGCCGAAAUGAAGGGCAGUGGUCAGCUCGCCAUCGACUUUUUCCGGCAGUGGCUUUCGGAGCAGUUGAGCAACGACGGCGGCUCUCACAUGAAAGCAGGAUACGCAGCGCUAUACCGAGAUAUCUCGAGAAGACAGCGGAAGUCGGACACCACACCGGACGAGAUGCAGCAAGUCACCAGCUUCCUGACUAAGUGCCACUCGACCUUGGAGGAAUCGCAGGUGUCCAAGGAGGUGUAUAAGACGUUUGGGAUGGCCGCAAGUGUCCUCGCGCCAAUUCUGAAGAACAAGUCGAUGCAACAGGACAACGAAGGCCAUUCCCAUCGAGAUCUGACUUUCAUGACCAUCAACGCAAGCAAGAUUCCAUGGGCUCAGAAGAAGUGA